UCCGCGCCUUCAGCCGGGCGCAGCUGAAGGAAUCUGGGUUUCACACCGGGACUGACCCACGAUUCAAUUUGUCCUGUGGGUUGGGGACACGCGUGGGAUCCAGCGGAGAGGGCGCAGUUAUCUGGAGCGUAUUUCAGCAGGGAUACAGGAACUGCAGCAGGAUGGCAGCGUUGGGCAGCGCCGGUCGCUUGUUUCUCUUUGCCAGGAGCAGCAUCGGUCUGACUUUAAGGAGACGAUCCACGGCUGCAGCUUUAGCCCAGAAUGCACCUCCAGAAUCCCAGGAGAACAGGAAACCUAAAACAGGAAUCCUGAUGCUGAACAUGGGAGGACCAGAGAAACUGGAAGAUGUUCAUGACUUCCUGUUGAGGCUCUUCAUGGACACAGAUCUGAUGAAGCUCCCCGUUCAGAAUAAACUCGGCCCAUUCAUCGCUAAGCGCCGCACCCCGAAGAUCCAGGAGCAGUACAGUAAGAUCGGAGGAGGUUCUCCCAUCAAACACUGGACCUCCAUGCAGGGAGAGGGCAUGGUGAAGCUGCUGGAUGAAACGAGCCCCAACACAGCUCCUCACAAGUUCUACAUCGGCUUCCGGUACGUGAACCCGCUAACGGAGGAAGCCAUCGAGGAGAUGGAGAAGGACGGAGUGGAGCGAGCCGUGGCCUUCACUCAGUAUCCUCAGUACAGCUGCUCCACCACAGGCAGCAGUCUGAACGCCAUCUACCGUUACUAUAGAAACAGAGGAGAGCGACCAAAGAUGCGCUGGAGCGUCAUCGACCGCUGGCCCACACACCCCCUGCUGGUGGAGUGUUUUGCAGAACACAUCAGAAACGAGCUGCUGAAGUUUCCAGAAGAUAAGAGAGAAGAUGUUGUCAUUUUGUUCUCGGCACAUUCGCUGCCCAUGGCUGUUGUAAACAGAGGCGAUCCGUAUCCUCAGGAAGUGGGAGCCACCGUGCAAAGGGUCAUGGAGAGACUGGGACACUGUAACCCCUACAGACUGGUGUGGCAGUCCAGGGUAGGACCCAUGGCGUGGCUCGGCCCCCAGACGGACGAGGUGAUUAAAGGUCUGAGUGAGCGAGGGAAGAAGAACCUCCUGCUGGUGCCCAUCGCCUUCACAUCGGAUCACAUAGAGACGCUACAUGAGCUGGACAUCGAGUACGCUCAGGUGUUGGCCGAAGAGUGCGGGGUGGAGAACAUCAGGAGAGCAGAGUCACUGAAUGGAAACCCGCUCUUCAUGAAGGCCCUGGCAGAUCUGGUCCAGUCCCACCUGAGGUCCAACGAGUCGUGUUCCCGGCAGCUGACCCUUCGCUGCCCGCUGUGCACCAACCCCACCUGUGGAGAGACCAAGGCCUUUUUUGCCAACCAGAAACUCCCGUAAACACGCUGAAGCCCUUUUUUUUUACAAUUAAGCAAAUUCUGGAGACACAAAAUGCCUUUUAUUCAUCAACAAGCACAGUUGACCCAGCUGGAAUAAGCAGAAAUAGUGACUGCAUGGUUUCUGCAAAUUCAUUUAAACAUUGAUUUGUAGGGUUCUACAGAUUCCCUUUCGUUGAAGUCUGUGUAGAUAAAAAAAAGAAUUGACUCUGA